AUGGCGAUGAUGAUGACUGGCCGUGUGCUGCUGGUGAGUGCCCUCUGCGUGCUGUGGUGCGGUGCCGGCGGUGGUUACGCUGAGGAUGUCGGUGUUGUUUCUGGUGAUCCCGGAACUCGUGGCGAACGUGGAGGUGGUGAUAAGUCUUCUCUCGCAGAUGGGAGUCAUGGAGGCAGUGGAGGUUCAAAUGGUGAUAGUUCUCAUGAAGGUGAAAGUGAGCCUUCGGAUUCUGCUUCCAAUGAAAAAUCUUUAAACCCCCAGGUUGAUGAGGAUGAGGAUCCAAAUUCCUCUGAGCAACCUUUACGCCAGGGAAAAGGGGGCUCCAAAGGAAAACAGGAUCACUCACAAUCAGUGCCUCAAAAUGGAUCGCCACAUAAAGUGAAUGGAGCAGAAACACUUGGUUCUGCUGCGCAAGUACAGUUGUCCGCUACACCAAACGCAGAACUUAAUACUAAUGUUGCUGACGGUGAAAUCGCGAACGGGGGAAGAGGGAAUACUGGCCACAAUACCGGGUUAUCCCCUAACAGCAGCGACUCCUCAGCACCCCCAGUACCACCAGCAAUGACUGUUCCAACAGGAGAUACAAACCGAACAGCAUCAAAAGACUUACAAAAUAUAAACGAAACAACAAGCAUGACGCCACCGUCACACUCCAAAACGGCGGCCGAAGCACUGCAAACCCCCUCAGGAAAUGGUGCGCCAAAGCAACACAGAAAAGAAACAGACACACCAGAUUUGAAGGAUGCACCUGCGAGCCAUACAGCGGAAUCAACAGCAAAAUCCAUAUAUACAAUGGGCAGUGAUGGAGCCCAGAAAAAUGAGGAGAAGUUCGACAACGGUGAUCAACGGUCUAACGGAAAAGAACCACAAGACGGGCUUGAAGAUAGAAAUACCGACGAUGCUCCCACAGCCAGUGAGACGGAAACAGAAACAGCCACCACCCAAAAGAAUGCUACACCUAAGUUUGGCGACAGUGACGGAAGCACCGCGGUCUCCCACACCACCUCCCCUCUUUUGCUUCUUCUUGUUGUUGCGUGCGCUGCUGCUGCGGUGGUGGCCGCGUGA